AUGAACAUCGGCCCCCGACGAGAAGCAUCCAGAAAUAGCAAGAAUAGCUGUGUCAAGGAGACGAGCCAGGGCGAAGGCGAGAAGGCGAAGGGAAUUGAGCACGUACCAAACCUCAAGGGAAAAAGAUAUGGAGAUAAAAUUGAUGCGGGAGGUGGGCGGAAAAAGGUGAAUGAGAAAGGGAGGCGAAAGGAAGAGAGGAAGAAGAAGUUGGUGCACCGUGCAAGACGGAAAGGUUGUCCAGAGUCGAGUAAGGCAGAGGAGGCCGAUGAGGCUAGGUGCCAAAACUGCUUGUCAAGCGUCUGUUACCGCCCGAGCGCGAUCAUGCCUGACGAUAAGCCGAAACAUGAGGGGCGUCGUCCUGACAAGGAGACCGGCAAGCCUGAAAGAGACCUGCUCGCGACCAGAGCCACACCUCCAAAUACCGGAGAUAAAAGCGCGAGCUCGCCCAGCAAAACAGCAAGCGAAUCGGUCAACCUCAAUUCCGAGCUCCCCGGACUGGCUGACAGCAUCUUGCUAGCACCAGAAGCAACCCUGAGCCUAGAAAAUACCUUGGCACAAUCCAGCAACCCCAUCACAAGCAACAUGGGAUCUCUCGCCGGGCGUGCCUCGUCGGCAGCCAACUCAGCGAUGAGCCGCGCAAGCCAGGCCGUCAAGGCGACGUCGUCGGCAGCAUGGCAGGGAGCCGCAGCAGCAAACCAGUCAAUCCAGGGCGUAGCCCGAGACUUCUCAGGCGCACUGCUACCGAGGCCACCAUCGUCAACUGGACUUCACAGCGCUGACCGCUCCAGGACACGCCGUCACGCGAUCCGAUCGGGCGGCGAUAGGUACGAGGGCGGUGCGCUGAACGAAGAUCACGGCAUCGCGAGCCCCGACGACGUAAUUGUCAUCAGCAGUAGCGACGAAUCGAGCGGGAAUAGCGCCGGCAAAGAUGACGAGUACCAGACGAUCGCCGAGCCCGGUGCUGAGAACAUGAAGAGGAAGGAGUGGCGGCUGGCCAGGCGGCGGCAGCGCGAGGGGGAGAAGAAAAAGAUGAAGGAGAACGAGCGCCUCAACAGCGCCCUCGACAGCCUUGACGAUGGGUUUGAGCCGACGAUCAACUCUGCCCGGUUCCCGCACACGCACGAAGCAAAGAAGAGGGCCUGA